AUGGAAACCAAUACCUUCCCAGCAGGACUCCUCGGCAACUACUACUCCGUCCGUCACCAACUAGGUCUCUACCGUUCCUGCGCCGUGACAUCCUACUACACUUUCACACCUACCAGUCCCAAUGCCAGGCAAGAACUAACCUCCCGCCUCCAACAUGCUCUCAGCAAAACCAUAGAAGAGCACCCCUCACUCUGUUACGGUCUCCUCCCCGGUUCAAAAAGCCAAAAUCUCCCCGCCCGCUUCAAAAGACUUCCCCAAAUCUCCUGGAAUGAUCUCGUAUCAAUCUCCUCUCUAGACACAAGCAGCGAUGCUCUAUCCCAGGAAAAGCGUAUUAGUGAAGAGCUAGGCGCGUCUCACGAGCAGCUUUUCCAGGACCAGGAAACUAAACCCGCGUGGAAACUUCGUGUUCUCGUUCACGAGAUGGAAGAUGAGACUUGCAAGGUCUACAAACUUUUUGUAGCCAAUCACGCCAUUGCCGAUGGAUUAAGCUGUGCGUCUUUUCAACGGACUUUGCAUGAACAAUUAUCACUAGCUACAGUAGAAGCUGUUGAGAAAAGUAGUGUGCAGUGGCCCUAUAUAGUACCAGACAGCAUAGGGAAACCAAUAGCCAUCGAAGAUGCGAUGCAGAUCAGUCCCUCAGGAUACGAGUCCUUCACCCCCAACACAGCACCUCUCACAGACAAGAAAGAAGUAAAAAUAUGGGCAGGAAGCUUCCCCAACAUGCCCACCAUCGAAUCGUACAAAUGUCUCGUACUGCUCGUGACCAUUCCCCCAGAAAAGGUCCAGCGAGUAUUAGAAACGAGUCGCCGGCUGAAAAUCACCGUCACGGGCUAUCUGCACGGGUUGAUCACCAGCUAUCUCGCGCGCGCGGUCGUGACAAAUGACCAACUUGGUCUGAAGGCUCACACGCCAUACUCGCUGCGGAAGUUUAGCAAGCUGCCACUGAGCGAAGUCGCAAACCACGUAGCCUUCGUAACCACCACGUGGGACGCCGAACUCCUCGACAGACUCCGUCAUGCGAGAGAGGAGUCGCCAGAAGAAGAAGCAUUGAUUGCCAGCAUGGGACGCCAGAUAACCCAGGAGAUCUCCGCAGAUCUGCAAAGAAUCGAAGCCGGAGGCGGAGUCCCACACUUGCGAAACGUCGCGAAGAUUGACGACUUGGAAGCUUACUGCCUCGCGGGAAUGUCCGCAGAGCGGUCAGAAACCUACGAACUAUCGAACCUUGGCGUGGUCAGAUUGAAUAAAGUUCCCGAAGAGCCCUCUUUAAAACUCGAUGGACUCAUAUUUUCUCAAUGCGGAAUGAUGUUCGGUGCCCCCAUCGGAUGCAAUGUUGUGAAUCUCGAAGGGGGGCCAUUGGUCAUUAGUCUAACAUGGCAGAAAGGUGGCGUGGAGGACGAGGUGAUGGAAGGAUUGCAGAAAUUUUUGAAGAUGAGAUUGGGAGCAUAA